AUGCAGCUCUUCAGGCGUAAACAGCCUGAGGCUUCUCAGCCGAACAGCGCAAAGAAACGGGCUAUGGAUCGUAAGAAGAUCGCCAUUGUGGGCAGCGGCUGCGCUGGCUUGGGUGCUGCAUGGGCUUUGAAGAAUAGCAGCGAGCAUGAGGUCCAUAUCUUCGAGAAGUCGGAGCGGUUGGGCGGUCAUACCAAUACCCAACUCUGGAAACAUGGUUCCCAGUCAGUGCCUGUGGACACGGGGUUCAUCGUCAUGAAUGCCGAAACGUAUCCGAACCUGCUGCGAUUCCUCGAUGAAGUCGGUGUACAUCCAGUCGAGACAGAGAUGACUUUUGGGGUAACUCGCGAUCACGGUGCCUUCGAAUGGUCUGGCGAGGCACGCGGCAUAUUCGCGCAGCGACGCAACCUUUUCAGGCCAAAGCACUGGCGGAUGAUUUUCGACAUUAUCCGCUUCAAUCAGUUCGCCCUGGACUUGCUGGCCGAUGAAGACGAUGAUGAGAUUAGGUUUUCUGGGUUUUCUAAGCGCAGCAGAAAGCAUGCAGCAGAUAUGACCAUUGGCCAGUAUCUUGAAAAAGCAGGAUACUCGCAAGGUUUCUGCGAUGACUACCUCAUUCCCAUGACUGCGGCUGUUUGGAGCACUUCUCCCGACAAGGCCAGCUUGGAGUUCCCAGCGCAGACGCUGGUACGCUUCAUGUGGAACCAUCACCUGCUAUCGACUGUAUCACAAAGACCUCCUUGGCUGACCAUUCCGGGCGGCUCGCAGCGGUACAUCGACGCCAUUGUCAAGCAGUACCCAGAGGGUCGACUUCAUGUGCAUACUUCAUGCGAGGUUGCAAAUAUUCUACGUCCUGCUCGGCAAGGUGAAGGCCUCGUGACUGUCUCGUGGAUCAAUGCAAAGACAGGUCGUAUUGAAGGCGAUGCUUUUGACCAUGUUAUUCUGGCUUGCCACGGCGAUGAGGUCCUACCUUUACUUGCAAAGCACGGUGCUCCGCAACAGUCAGUAUCAUCGGCUCCGUCCAGCACGCGAAGCAAAUCGACAAAGUCGAAUGGAUUCAUCAAGUCCUCAUCUGGUGUUCAAUAUGUUACGCAAGAAGAGCUUGACAUCCUAUCGACCUUCCAGACCAUCGAGAAUGUUGCUUACCUGCAUUCGGAUCUUGACCUCAUGCCGAAGCGACGCGAAGUCUGGACAGCAUGGAAUUAUCUGGUGAACUCAGCACCCUCAAAAAUGUCUCACCCUGCAGGCGUCAGUCUGACCUACUGCAUGAACAUUUUACAGCACCUGUCAGAGGAUACGUUUGGACCUGUGCUGGUCACCAUGAAUCCUUAUCGCGAGCCUGACCCUCAACUGACACAGGGCAAGUUCGUGUAUCGGCAUCCCUUGUACACUGUUGAGGCUGUAAAUGCUCAGAAGAGACUUGGGACAAUCCAAAACCUUCGCGGCGUAAGCUAUUGUGGUGCUUGGACUAAAUAUGGCUUCCACGAGGACGGCUUCAGUAGCGGCCUUCGAGUCGCCAUCGAGCAUUUAGGCGCACAGCUGCCAUUUGAGUUCGUAGACUCAACAUACAGUCGAGGCCACAAACCAGAGCUGUUCUGGAAAGACUAUCUGCUUCGGCUGAUAUUGCUGGUAUUGCUUCUUGUAAUCAGGGUUGUGGAAUGGUCGGCAGGACUGCCUGUAAUCGCGUCACUGAUAGGCGUUGCAUCCAGCGUGGCAGGAAUCAUGCUCGACAUUUGCGAGCAUGUUGGCGUGAUCUAG